UUCUUUCGUAAUUUUAUUUAAUCCUCUUCCGCCACCACCCUUAACUAAGUCUAUCCGCUGCUACGGCUCGCCGGCGGCCGAAGCCGAAAACCGGAAUAUUUGACUCGAACGGGAAGCCCGUGCCAACGUCAAUGCCUUUUUUGAACGACGAAAAAUAUUCGUCCGUCCAUUAAUUCACAAACAAGCCAUUACUAUUCAAAUUUUAUCUUCAAAUUUUCAUUUUUCUUUGACGUCGAAGUCUUUAUUUCUCUAAUUAUUUCGUGAUUUCUCCCCUUAAACCUCGAAUUAAAUCGAGAAAUGCCAAAACUAAGAGGAUCAAGAACCCAUGAAGGGUUGCCCAUUUCCGAUGCAUCUCCCAUAUCCGUUUCCAACAAGAAAAGAUGGUCCACUUUGAUGCCAUGGCUCAUCGCCCUCGUCGUCAUUGCUCAACUCACGUUUCUGGGUCGUCUCGGGAUCGCCAAAAACGCCACGUAUUUCCAUUCGUGGCGGGAAUUGUUGCGUAAACAGCACUCUUCUAGUGGUGUGAAAGUCGCUGGCGUUCGAAAUUCCGGGAUUCGAGGUUUGGGCGGUCAUCGUUACUCCGGUCUGGAAACCUGUGAGGAGUGGCUUGAGAGAGAAGAUACAGUGGUUUAUUCAAGGGAUUUUAACAAGGAUCCAAUCUGGAUUUCGACUUCUGAUGUUAAGGAGGUUAUUACUAUUACUAUUAUUAUUUUUGGUUUAGGAGGCAGGCAGGCAUGCAUGUAUCAUGACGUCAAAACUUGUGCCGUGAAUUGUAGCUUCAGAUCCAAAUGGAUUAGGAAAGCUGAUGCUACUUUUAAAUUGCAUAAAAAAUCUAAAGCACCUAGCGUGCAUCGUUCUAUGGAAUCGGCUUCCUACUAUGCGGAGAAUAAUAUUACUCAGGCACGACGGGAAGGUUUUGAUAUUGUAAUGACAACUAGCCUCUCGUCCGAUGUACCUGUCGGAUAUUUUUCGUGGGCUGAGUAUGAUAUCAUGGCACCGGUGAUCCCGAAGUCUGAGAAGGCUCUUGCAGCUGCUUUCAUUUCUAACUGUAUUGCUUGCAACUUUCGUUUGGAAGCUCUUCUGGAGCUCGAAAAGGAGAAUAUCAAGAUAGAUUCUUAUGGUCUUUGCCAUAGAAAUCGUGAAGGGGGAGUGGACAAAGUCGAAAUUCUGAAACGAUAUAAGUUUAGCUUGGCUUUCGAGAACUCGAAUGAGGAAGAUUAUGUCACGGAAAAGUUUUUCCAAUCUCUUGUUGCAGGAAGUGUACCCGUGGUGAUUGGUGCACCAAAUAUCGAAGAUUUUGCUCCUUCUUCCGAUUCAUAUUUACAAAUUAAGGACUUGAAGGAUGUUCGGUCCAUUGCAGAACAAAUGAAGUACCUUGCAGGAAACCCGGACGCUUAUAAUCGAUUAUUAAGGUGGAAGCAAGAAGGCCCGACCGAUACUUUCAAGGCUCUUCUCGAUAUGGCUGCGGUUCAUUCGUCAUGCCGUUUGUGCAUUCACAUAGCAACCGCCAUUUGGGAGAAAGAAGAAAAGGAUUCUGAUGCCAAGAAACGUCCCUGCAAGUGUAACAAAGGAUCAGAAACCGUAUAUCAUUUAUACGUACGAGAACGAGGGAGGUUUGAGAUGGAUUCUAUUUUCUUAAGGUCCGGGAAUAUGACCUUAAAUACCUUGGAGGCUGCGGUUCACACGCAUUUCAAGUUUCGGAAACACGUUCCUAUUUGGAAACCGGAAAGGCCAGAAAGCCUUCGAGGUGGAGAUGAACUAAAAGUAUACAGAAUAUAUCCUCUUGGGUUGACACAAAGACAGGCUUUAUAUACAUUCAAGUUCAAAGGGGAUGCUGAUUUUAAGAACCAUAUCGAAAACAACCCUUGCGCGAAGUUCGAAGUCAUAUUCGUGUAAGACUGGUGGUUUCCGUUAUCUCAUCUUCGAGCACCGAUGACAGAUUCCUGAUAUCGAUGAUGGUUUGCUGAGGAACAUUUCCUCAAAGAUCGAAGGCAGCCUCAUGCAGGUUAUGAAUUUCAUCCAAUGCUUCUUUUUGAAUUAUGUUUUCAUUUUAGAUUGAUGAACUGCUAAGUUAUAGUUGAUGAGCAAUGAUUAUAAUUUUUGGAUGGUAUUAAUCAGUACCGUAUUGGUGAAUAUAUCGGCAUUGUUUUGGUACCAA